AUGUCGUCGUCUACUAUAGUCCUUAUAACAGGAGCCAGCUCAGGAAUAGGAGCUGGGACUGCCUUGUAUCUAGCAGGAUUAGGAGCUAAGCUGGCUCUAGUGGCUAGAAGUAAAGAGAAGCUGGAGAAUGUUGCCCAAUCCUGUUUGGAAGCUGGUAGUUCUGGAGUACUUGUUUGUGUUCAUGAUCUUGCUGUUGAAGAUGAAUGCGCCACAGCAGUUCAUGAAGCGGUUAAACAUUUUGGAGGUCUAAGUGUUCUCAUCAACAAUGCUGGCAUUCUACAUAGAUCUGACUUCGAGAAAGUAUCAAUGUUAGAGAUUAAUCAGUCAAUGAAUCUACAUGUUAAUGCAACAGUAAAGAUAUGCCAGAUCAGCAUGCCAUACCUUGAAGCAGUUUCAGGAAGCGUUGUUAAUGUUUCAAGCAUAGCGGGUCUUAGAGCCUAUCCAGGUUCAAUGGCAUACAAGAUGUCCAAAGCUGCUCUUGAUCAAUUCACAAGAUGCCUUGCCCUUGAAGUUGCUGGUAAGGGUGUUAGAGUUAACUCUGUUAACCCAGGCGUAAUUGAAACAGACAUUUUCAAAGACUCCGGUCUAACCAAAGAUGAAGUCCAAGCUUAUUAUGAAGCUGGUAAGAAAAUGCAUCCACUUGGACGAGUUGGUCAGGUGGGGGAGGUAGCUACAGCAAUUGCAUUCUUAGCUUCAGCUGAUGCAUCUUUUAUUACCGGUCAAACACUAGCAGUAGAUGGAGGCAGAAGUGUUACAAUUCCCUAUGCGCAAAUGAGUGAUAAUUAAGUGGCUUCAAUAAAUUCCUCAAAAUAAAAGUGCAUUGACAAUUUCAUAAAAUAAAGUAUUUAAUGAUU